ACAAAGUUUUCACUCUCCAUAAUUCAUUUCCAUUGCACAAGCACGACACAUACACUGCACACGCAAAUUGAUGGGAGCUAAACUCACAGUUAUAGAAAACAGGUGCAACCAUGAUAUUGAAAUCAGAGUUUGGGUUUCUCCGGCUCGACCUGACAAAUUUCAAAGCAUAAUUAGAAUUGAAGGUGAAGGUGGAUGGAAGGAAGUAAAUUCCAAAAAUUUCAUCCACGCAGACGCUACAAUUCUUGAUGAUAAUGAUGAUGAUAUCGAAUUUGUAUCGUCUACCUUGCUAAUGAUUUACAUGGAUGGUGUUUAUACAGGAUAUUACUUUCUUCCAAUUCACUUAGUGAAAUACGCGAAAGUCAUCUGCGACAUUAAUGAAGAUGGACUUUUUGUUGUUCAAGGAAUCAAACCAACAUUCAAUUUCUGCAGAUUCAAGGGUUGUGCCUAUUUCCCUUAUCUUAGAGGGAACAAAAAGGAGAUGAUUUGAACGUGCAGUAUUUAUGUUUGUUAUUUUGAAUUAAUGGAAUGCACAAAUUCAAAAGUAUGAAUUAGUUUUGAUGAUAGACAAAGCUAUUGAAGAAUCAAGUUCAACACUAUAACGAAGUGAUGUGUUUUCUUUGUGAUGUAAUUGAUAUUGUUCUAGGAUUAUUAUUGAAUUAUAAUAAAUUCUAAAUUGAAGUCUUGAAUUGAA